UAUGGCAACAGAGUUUGCGGUCGUUUAGAGCAGACUGCGACGAAAACUAGCUAUAAGAAGACGGACAUAUAACUUUUUUUAAGCAACGGAAAGUAAAGCCUACAGGUGUAACUAUAUGUUUUAUUUGGAAUUAAUCUAAUUAAGUCCAAGUGAAGAUGAGGACUGUAACUUCAGCCAGUGGCCAGAAGGAAACAAUUCUCGUGAGAAGAAGCGAAUCGGCGGAUGCUCGGGAGAUUGGCAGCCUCAUUGGCCCCUCAGCUCAGGCGGUGUUUGGAAGAGUCAGUGUGAUUCAUCUUCUAGAGAAAGCCAAUCUGGCCGUGACUCUGACCAAUGAAAAGGACGACAUCCUGGCUCAUGCUUCUUUCUUGGAUCACCCUAUUGGAGACUUGGUGGAUCAGGCUCAGUGGGAACCUUUCCUGCAGAAACACUUCAGUGCUGAAAAGUGCACACCUCUCAACACGCUUUUCCUCCACCUUUUCGUGGCUGAGACAAAUUUCUCCAAAGCAAGUGCAAAGGAGAUAAUGAGGGCUGUCUUUAAUGCUGUUACUGAGCUUGAAUACAUCUGCCUGGUUAGUCCAAACCUUGGUGGUUUAGAGCCGGCACUGGAAGAGAUUUUUGAACCGCUGAAGCGUUUGACUGACCCAGGGCAUCAGUGUUUAGCAUUAAUAACCCACAGACAAGAACACUUUCCAUGCCUUCAUGUCCGCCCAGCCAGGGUUGAAGACUAUGACGACAUUAUGCAGUUAUUUGAAAAGCAAAGAAAGCAACCAGUCAGCUGGUCAGCUGUCUUUGACCAGCCGUACUUAAUGGCAGAGCUCCUUGAGGCCAAGUCCAAGGACUAUCGCAGUGCUGUUUGUGAGAUCGAUGGAGCUGUUGUUGGUUUCAUCAGUGUUACUGCUGAUGUUGAUCUCACGGAGCUCCAUGCCAGCUUUGAGCUGAGUGAGUCUGAUGGUUUGUGCAACAUGCAGCAACCGAAGCCUGAUGACCCUGCUGCACAGUGUGACCCAAGUGAGGAUGAAAAAGAACAAACCCAAGCAUCCACUUUACAACAGGAGGAGGCACAGUCCACUGGAACGUUUUCAGGGAAAUCCAAUGCUUUCUGCAUUCAGCUCUUCGUUAUUGACAAGAAAUAUGAGACAAGAUCAGUGGACUUUAUUCCACAUAUAUUCAAGCUUUUCCCUGACCUGAACUUCUGCAUCAUCACAGUUCCUUCUGGGGCCCCUGUGUUCCCCUUGUUACAGAACUUUGUCAGGGUGCCCUCGGGCCCCACCAACUUACUGUCCCGUGAACUGUACAUCUGUCACCGUGCUGGACUCAGGAGUGUGGAGGUGAGGCCGGCUGUGCCUGCAGACCGACCUGCUGUCUCUGGUCUGGUAAAGGAUCUGAAUCUGAGCGAGUUUCUGCUGCAGGACCUGGACCGCUUCUACGAGAGCCGCCGUGAUACAAACGCAGUGCCGCUGCAGGCCUUCGUCUCAGAGGCGGACGGUGAGGUCGUCGGGAUACUCAUCAUCAGAGACGAGCAGGACAUCGAGUACAUUCGUGCCCACUACAACAUUGAGGACUUCAUCUAUUUCAGCCAUCAUCGCUAUGAAGAGCACGCUCAGAUACGCCACUUCGUCCUCAAACCCUUCUUCCAGCACUUCACCAGGCACUUGUUUAAGGAGGUCCUCCGGCUGGCUCACCAAUCUUGCCUGUACCACCGACUCUAUCCCCGCUGCCACAGCCAGGAGAAUUCCUGUGUCCACCAUCUGGAUUUUGUCCUCAACUGUGCGGUCCCAGUCCGCCCGCGACGCCAGAUCAUCUACCCGCUGGAGGAGCUUGGCAUGAAUGCCCCAUCCAGGCAGCUCACAGAGGACCAGGCGCCAUUUGCUCUCAGCCUCAUGAGCAGAAAGUUAACCAUGGAGCCAAAGGUCACCAUUAACGCCAGGAUUGUGGUGGUGGGGGCAUCAGACACAGCUUUAUCUUUCCUUGAGGUGCUUUGUUUCUGCCCUCACCUGAGGUUCAACAAGCUGACCCUCAUUUCGACACAUGGUUUCCCCGGCGACUACAGCCAUGAGGAUGUUGGAUUUUUGUCCACAAGUCAUGCAUACAGCAGCAGAGACUUGGCCCAGAUACCUGUGCAUUCUUGCGUCAGUGUUGUAACGGGAAAGAUGGUGGGCAUCAACAGGAAGUCCAAAUACGUCCGCGUGUCUGGUGGUGAGAAGGUGCCCUACGACCAUCUUGUUCUGUGUACAGGCCUGCAGUACCGGAUGCCCUGUCCCACUGGUGUGGAUCUGAGCCAGCCCAUCACAAACAGCCAGCUGCAGCUUCAGUCCGCUCACCGCAGAUACUCUGGGCCUGUCCCCUCCAACCUCUUCACUCUCAACGACCUCCACGACUGCAUGGCUGCUCGCCGCUGGCUGCACGCCAACUUUGUGGAGCUGGAGGAUAACGCUAUUGUCUACGGAAACAGCAUUGAUGUCUACACCACCGUAGAGACUUUGCUCAGUCUUGGCAUCAUUGGAUCUCGUAUCCAUCUAGUCCUCCCACCUCCCGAGCCUGGCAUGUCCUGCUUCACUGACUCAGCCAUAGAUAAAGCCGUCACGAGGGCCAUGGAGAGUGCUGAGGUCCAGAUCCACCAUAACUGUGUGUUGGCUCAGAUGAACCACGGAGAACAACCCGACCCGCUCACAUCGGUGUCAUUCACCACUGAUGCCGAGCCUCUCCAUCUGCACUGUGGAGUAUUUAUCAACCUCUCCAAUAAGGGAGUUGACUAUGAUGCCUUCAAGAGUAUCAACAAAUCCUUCCUGGUCUUUGAUAGCAGACUUGUUAUAAACUCCACUUUCAGCACCAGCAGUCCAUUCAUUUACAGCGCCGGGCCUCUCACUAAAUUCUCCCGCCGCUACUACACAGAGGAGUGGUCCCAUGCCAACUUCAACUCCAAGGAACUGGGCCAGGAACUGGCGGCCAUGUUGCUGCAUCUCUUUGAUCCGACGUUGGAGCCUGUGGAUGAGCCUCCACCUGAAAUGGAUUGUCUGGUACCACUGUACAAACAGGCCAAGAUUCAAGGUGGAAAGCUUCCUGGAGGCUAUAACUACCUGCAUGUUACCAAACCAACUGCUUCCACCCUGACAGAUCAUGCUGUUAAACAUUUGCAGGACAGAAUGGUAGUGACGGGACACGUGGAGACAGGCGACUACUUCUGUUUGCAUCUCGACUGCUACGAGCAGGUGGAGACACUCACCUGCUGGUCCCUGAAGCCCCUCCCCGUCUCCAACUACCUAUGUCUGUACGGCAAACACGAGCAGCUGCUGGGCCAGCUGCUGAGACGCUACCACGAGGGCCUGGUCCGCGACCUGUACAGUUUCUUCAGAGAGAGCCGCUGUUUGCCCGUUUUCCACGACAGAUUCUCCGACUUUGAGCAGGAGCUUCGACAGAUCAGCUUAAAUACACUGGAGGGCGAUGAGUCGAGGCAGCAGGUGAUGACGGAUGACGACUCAGAUGCCUUCCACACAGAUAGUUUUCUACAUGAAGAGAGUCGAGCGGCUCUGAGGAGCAGCGCUGUGAAGUUUCUGACCUACAACCGAAACCUGCUGCCCAUGUUCGCCCACCCAGGACAGCUGUGACAUGCCAGAGUUUACAGCAGCCUGCUGCAUGGGUUUAAACAGCAGAACUCAGGUGACUCACACACUCUGAAUCAUGUUACUAGAAAGUUACUUAUUUUGUGUGUGUCAGGGUGUGAAUUCUAGUUUUAAGUGACUUCACUUUAGGGUUUCAGUUGGAGACGUGGUUUCCUGUAAUGGUUCAAAAACAGUUUUAAUUGGAAUUUUUUUCUCAUUUUUGAUGAGUUGUCCAGCUGUUGUGUGAUUCAGAUAAGCAAAAAUAAACGAGCAUUGAAAUUUGCAUCUUACGGUUUAAUCAUGUCCAGUAAAAUCUGCUGUUGCUGAAAUGAGGAAGUUGUUCACAUGCACCUGUGAACACUGUGGAAUAUUAGUCAUAUCAGCUCUGUGAAAGAUCUGAAAACCUCUGUGCACCCCUAAAAGUCCUUGAAAGUUUUAUUAUUAUGUAGAAAUCCUGUGAGUUAGAAGCACUUGCCUCAGUUUGGGAGCUUUAAACAUGCCUCAACAUUUGAGUCAUUGAAUUUCUCCAAGCAAGACCUUGAAAUGCCGGUAGUCGUGUUUUGUUUCUAUUUUCAAGCUUUUGAAUUCACAUGAUAUGAAGGAGCUGUUUAAUCAAUAAAAAUGUUAUGACGUCCAUGUCAUGUAAAGAGCUGGAAUCAGGAUGCAGUUAGUGGUUGUUCCUGAUGUGUGUUGAGCACUGUGGGUGGACAGAGCACAAGAUAUCUGGAGAAUUUAGAACUGCUUGCUGUGUUUAGGCAUCGUCAAAAGAAAGUAUGUGCAAAUUAAAGCACCUCUAAAGUCUGGCAGUGACGACUUCAAUUACAGCUGUUCUCCUCACACAGCAUCUCAGAAUAAUGAAUAUUAGUUUUCAGUGCCAUUUGUUCUUCUGGUACAUGUGCAGUUGGCACACUUGUGUCUGAUUUACCAGAUCACUGCUGCUGCUGGUAUAUGCCGGCAAUUGACCGCUCAUGUCAGACAGCGUUCUGUUCUCCUUCUGCUAACCUACCACACUGAAAAUUCCAAGUUUUGGUUCUAGAUCUGCAGCAAGGAAGUACUUUUUCAGUGGAAUAUCCGUUGCUCUCUUCCCUGCUUGCAAAUGUUCCACUAAACCAAUCCAACAAGAAAAGCACUCAGAGUGCAAUACUCCGCCAAGGUUGCUCAGUGGUUGUAUGAUUUCUGACAGUUGAAAUCUUUAAAAAAUUUGUGGUCUGCAGCGGUCGAUUUGUAGUAGGUUCGCAAUCAUGUGAUCGUCAGCAGGCGGCUGAUGCAGUGUUCACUUGUAGUCAUAGCUACGGUGAUGUUGUGCCGCUAUCUCGCAAUGCAGAAGUCUUUAACAAGUCCAUGGAACCAAACUAUAAGCUACAGCACUGCCAAAAUCUAAUCAACUGGUCCUCGUGUCAUUUCUAACCUUCCCUGAAAAUGUCACCAAAUCCGUUAGUCCGUUUUUGAAUAAUGUUGCUAACAAAAAGACAGACAGACAAACUAAUGCCGAUCUCACAUAAGUCCGUCACCUUCCUUGGCAGAGUGAGGGAACAUCGAUGCCACAUCCUUGGCUCAAGAUGACAGUGAUUGAUUUACUGAAAUACAAAUAAGAGAUGUUUUCUUCUUAUAGCAGAAUGGUACUGAGGUGCAGCCAGAUCAUUAUGUUCAACAGAAUGAGCUGACUAAGUGAGACAGGGACACUUGUAGUGCGGACAGUCCACUCAGUCAAAUUUUGGGCUGCAUGCAGACAUCUGCAGAGGGGUUCAACCGGUAACAGACUUGGGCAGAUGACAAAAUUGACAUAACUUACACUCUUGCAGACUCGCAUACAAGGAAAUCCUGAUUUUGCCCUAAAGCCUUGACUAUACUGUGGUGCAGAACCAUACAUGGACAGCUGUGGACACCAACUGACACAUAGUUGCUGCUUUUAUACUACUUUUGUAGUCCGCGGAAUUUCACUUGGAAGACUCCGUUGCACAUAUGUGCAGUAGAUUGUACCGAUGCAUGGUGUGAAUAUACACUACAGCACAGCAUACACACUAUUGCCUUUGUAGCGUAGUCACUACGCAAACACACAUUUUGGGCUGCAUGUGGAUUUGUGUGAAGAUGUUUGUGUGGAUACUUGUGGAUAAGGGAUGAAGUGUAUACCACAUGGACCCAUAUGCUCUCAUGGACACAAAAAAUAUAGACCAGUUGAACUUACGCGACUAGAAGACAAGUGCUCUACCACCUGAGCCACAGUUGCUGAGAUGUUCUUCUUCUAAGUGUUUGUGCUCUAAGGUUAUGUUUUCACAGUAAAACCGCAAGCAGAAAGCUGAAAAUGCAUUGACAUAACAUGCCAAACGUUCUGAAAAAAAUGGUGUGAUUUAAAAAUUGUCUUCCUUGUUGGUUAAAGAUGCAGAUAUAAAAACAGUGUAAUAUUCAUGCAGGAAGCAACAGAUUAAACACUAAGUAUUCACA